AUCAUGAACUCCACCUCUGAGAAGACACCGCUGCUUCCCAUCACAGAACGUGCUGUUUCGCCACAUCGCGAACCAUUGGUUCGAAAAUCGACGGAAUUUCUUCUCUUGCUCUUGUGUGUUGUCCUCGCGGUCUUGCAAUUCUUCGUUCAUUUCAACUUCUGCAGCCCAGAGAGUCGACUCGGUGCUCAUUUGGAUCUCCUCGCCCGGGGUCUUACCCUGUCCGUUCCUGCAAGCCUGCCCACAACUACAAUUCUCUUCGUCGCUGCGCCUUGGAUAGCGCGUCCUGAUCGUAUCGCCAUCACGAGAUACGCGAUUCUGUCCUGCUAUGUUGUAGGCUCGACGUUGGGUGCGUGGCUUCUGACGCGAGAUCUCCAGGUGGGAUCAACGACUAGGCUGUGGUAG